AUGUGGGCGGCACUUCACCUCCCGGAGCAUCUCGCCGAUCACCCUCUCUGGCGCAACGCUGUGCGCUGCAUCACGGACGCGGGCCAUGGCUACGUUCCCCCGAAGCGGCGGUAUGUUGGUGGCGCCGGCCUUGCGCGCUGCCGCGAAAAGAUCGAGAGGGGGCUCGCUCCCAUCACUGCGAGCUGGAAGCGGGAUGGCGUGACGAUAGGCUCGGACAUGAUGACGGACAAAAGUGGCCGUCCCCAAGCCAACAUCCUGCUCAUCAACGAUUCCGGUGCAGUGCUCACCGAAAGCAUCGACUGUAAGUUGGAGAUGAAGACGAGAGGUUACAUUGCAUCCGUUUUGCGCCCGAUCAUUGAGAAGGUGGGGCCCGCCAACAUAGUUGCGUUAUGCAUGGAUGGGGGCAGCAAUUAUGCGGCUGCAUGUAGGGAACUCAUGCUUGAGUAUCCUCACAUUGAACAUGUGCCGUGCGCUACUCACGUCAUGGAUCUGCUCAUGGAGGACAUUGGGAAAAUGGAUUGGGCGAAGGACAUUGUGGCUAAGGUGAAGGGAGGGAAGGGGAAGCAGGUGCUGAAGCCGGCGGGCACCAGAUUUGGCACGCAAUUCAUCGCGGUGCAGCGGCUUUGCGAGGUGCGGAGUGCAUUGACGCAGAUGGUGCUCAGCCCAGAGUGGCAGGCUUGGGCGAAGGGGAGGAAGCCGCCGGUCGAGCCCUUCGCAACCAUGAUCAUGGAUGCCGUGUGGUGGAAAGGUGCGGAGUUCUUCGUCGCUCUCCUGAAGAUCCCCUUUGCCGUCAUGCGAAAGACUGACUCGACGGCCAAGGGCAUGAUGGGCAGAAUGUACGAUUUGAUGCUGCAGCUCACGGAAGACAUCAAUGCAAAGCUGGAGGAGGAGGAGGCGGGAUUGGUGCUGUCCAGCAGCGAACGCACGGAGGUGACCAACAUCGUCCAAAAGCGCUGGGACCAUAGCAUGGCGUGUGCCAUGCACGUGGUUGGCCGGAUCCUCAACCCGGUCAACCAAGAGGAAGGCAUCUUCCGCACCGACCUGGAGUGUACUCGCGUCUUCAAAGCGUUUGUCGCUCGUCACUACGCAGGGCGGACCGUCACGCGCAAGGAGGGCGAGGAGCUGCGCGCAUCCCACGUCAUCCAGGACGGCCUGACGGCAUUCAACACCCUUCUGGGGAGCUUCGGCCUACCCGACGCCAUCUCUGACCGUGAGCUCGUGAAGGCCGGUAAGAAGACGGCCGUCCAGUGGUGGACGUGGCACGGGACGGAGCACCCCGAGCUAACAACGCUCGCUUGCCGCGUUCUCUCUCAGCCAGUGUCCGCAUCGGCGUGUGAGAGGAACUGGGCAGUGUGGGAAUCGAUCCACACUGCCAAGCGCAACAGGUUGGGGUCCGAGAAGUGUCGGGACCUCGUGUAUGUUGCGCACAAUUGGAACAUUGUGCGCAACUGGCACAAGGGGGCUGAGGGGGUGACGGUUCUCCCGGGGAACAUCCCUGAGGCCUCCCUGCCGGAAGGGUACAACAAGGUUUUGGAGGAGGAUGAGGAGGAGGGGGAGGAGGAUGAGCUGGAGGAUGAGUACAAGUAG